AGAAGGGGAAAAAAACCAAGAAAGGGUAGUCGUCGCGUCAGUCAUCGGCGUCAGAAUCUAGUAAUAACAUCACUAUUCUCUCUCUCUCUCUCAAUGGCGAUUUUCUCGUCGCUGCAAAAUCUCCGGCGAUCUCUCUCCUCCUCCCUCCUCCGAAAACUAAAGCAUGGCCAUCAUCAGGCGGCGGUGACGGGACCGCGGCAAUUCACGACCUGCGAGGGAUCGAGGCCGAGCAUCGUCCACAAGAGGAGCCUAGACAUACUCCACGAUCCUUGGUUCAACAAGGGCACGGCGUUCUCGAUGACGGAGAGGGAUCGGCUGGAUUUGCGAGGGCUUCUUCCUCCUAAUGUUAUGACUCCUCAGCAGCAGAUCGAUCGUUUUAUGGUUGACUUGAAAAGACUAGAAAUGAAUGCAAGAGACGGACCGUCGGACACCAAUGCAUUGGCAAAGUGGCGCAUUCUUAACAGGUUGCAUGACAGGAACGAGACGAUGUACUACAAGGUUCUAGUUGACAAUAUUGAAGAAUAUGCGCCAAUAGUAUAUACUCCCACUGUCGGCCUUGUCUGUCAAAACUAUAGUGGACUAUUUCGAAGACCCAGGGGAAUGUAUUUUAGUGCAGCAGAUCGUGGAGAAAUGAUGCCAAUGGUUUACAACUGGCCAGCUGAUCAGGUUGAUAUGAUCGUAGUAACAGAUGGAAGUAGAAUACUAGGGCUAGGUGACCUUGGGGUUCAGGGUAUUGGCAUUGCUAUUGGGAAGCUGGAUUUAUAUGUUGCUGCUGCAGGGAUUAAUCCUCAUAGGGUUCUUCCAGUGAUGAUUGAUGUCGGAACCAACAAUGAGAAGCUUCUCAAGGACCCACUUUAUUUAGGACUUCAAGAACACCGUCUUGAUGGUGAAGAUUACCUCUCUGUUAUCGAUGAAUUCAUGGAAGCUGUGUUUACACGUUGGCCAAAUGUCAUUGUGCAGUUUGAAGAUUUUCAGAGUAAAUGGGCAUUGAAGCUGUUGCAGCGUUAUAGAAGUACAUAUAGAAUGUUUAACGAUGAUGUGCAGGGAACUGCUGGUGUUGCUAUAGCUGGUCUUCUAGGGGCUGUAAGGGCACAAGGAAAACCGAUGAUAGAUUUCCCAAAGCAAAAAAUUGUUGUUGCUGGGGCAGGAAGUGCUGGAAUUGGUGUUGUCAACGCGGCAAGAAAAACCAUGGCGAGAGUGCUGGGCAACAAUGAAUCUGCCUUUGAAAGUGCUAAGAGCCAGUUUUGGUUGGUUGAUGCUAAGGGUCUAAUAACAGAUGAACGUGCGGACAUUGACCCAGAUGCUUUGCCAUUUGCCAGAAAGUCCAGAGAGCUUCGGCAAGGUUUAAGAGAGGGCUCACCCCUAGUUGAAGUGGUGAAGAAAGUUAACCCCGAUGUUCUCCUAGGAUUAUCUGCAGUUGGCGGUCUGUUCUCUAAAGAGGUUUUAGAAGCCCUUAAAGACUCUUCUUCUACCCGACCAGCAAUUUUUGCUAUGUCAAAUCCUACAAAAAAUGCUGAAUGCACACCUGAAGAAGCCUUUUCUAUUUUGGGUGAGCAUGUCAUAUUUGCCAGCGGAAGCCCUUUUCAUGAUGUCAAUCUUGGGGAUGGUAAGAUUGGCCGCUGCAACCAGGGAAAUAAUAUGUAUCUCUUUCCGGGCAUAGGGCUCGGUACCCUUUUAUCUGGUGCACGUGUUAUCUCUGAUGGCAUGCUUCAGGCUGCAGCUGAAUGUCUUGCUGCGUAUAUGAAAGAAGAGGAAGUUCUUCAAGGGAUCAUAUAUCCUUCAAUAUCGAGCAUUCGGGACAUAACCAAGGAAGUGGCUGCAGCUGUAGUCAGAGAAGCUGUGGCAGAGGAUCUAGCAGAGGGGUACCGUGACAUGGAUCCCCGGGAGCUUCAGAAACUUACUAAGGAGGAGACUCUGGAGUAUGUGCAGAACAAUAUGUGGAAUCCUGUCUACCCUACCUUGGUGUAUAGGCAGGACUAAGCUCCAUGUUUUGUUCAAUAGAGAUGGACUAGUUGUUUGAAAGUUUAAAAGGCCAAGCCUGUAUAUGUAUAAUAUAUUUCUCGGAAAAGAAUAUUUAGAGGUGUUUGCUGUAUGCAAGGUUGGAGGCCAUUCGAUGCCUCCUUAGUCCUCUACUGUCAAUUAUAUUUGGUAUUGUCCAUAAAAAAGUUUUUGCUGUGUGAUCUCUUGAGUUAGUUCAAAUAACGGUCCAUUAAUUGGGCCUUCGAAAUCGAAAGAAUACUACUGAGAUGAUAUCUACUGACUCAGCACUCCAGGGGAUGUACAAGUGUACAAGUCAUUUAGGAGUCGCCAUUGGAUGAUAUCUAAAUUUGUGAAAGAAUACUACUGGGAUGAUAUCUAAAUUUGUGAAGUCUGUUUGAAUUAGCCUCUUUUCA